AUGCAAUAUUGCUUCUACUUGCGCUAUUUGCUCAUGUAUAAAGAUGUUGAAGAGGAGCUGUGCCACCUCAAGCGAGAUAUCGGUGUUCAAGUGAACACAUGGACUGAGGGGAGAAGACAACUGAUUACCAUCUCCACUGUUAAGGACGAACAGGCACUGGUAGUGCUAACGGGCAUCUCAAGCUUGGAGCUGUUCUAUAACAUUGCCAACUUGUUCACCGACGCUCGGAGGGAACAGUCGAAGAGGAGCUUCUCACUUAGCAAUGAGGAUGUCAUCUUGCUCAUCUUCACCAAGCUUUACCACAAUGUGUCUUUUUCGCUGCUGGCCGUCCUGUUUGACAUGCACCGCACUACGGCGUCGAGUAUCUUUAAGAAGGCCAUUGUACUGCUAGCAUCUGUGCUAGGGCAUGCAAUCUACUGGCCUGACAAGGACCACGUCACUGCAUGCCUCACGAAGCAAUUCGAUAAAUACCGCAUGAGGAGGGUGGUCUUGGACUGCACAAAGAUUGCAAUUGAGCGACCGAAAGACCUGCCAUCACAGAUCUUAACGUACAGCAUUUACAAAAAAACCUAUACUGCUAAGAUUUUGAUUUGCACAACCCCUGGAGGCCUCUUUAGCUAUGUGAGCCGUGCCUACGGAGUUAGGACCUCCGACACACACAUAACCCGGGAAAGUAAAGUUCUGACCAAAUGUGAGCCUUACAUUGACAACGUCAUGGUAGAUAGGGGCUUUUUAAUUGAAGACUUGUGCUAUGAGCAUGGGCUCGAGAUGAUCCGGCCACCUUUUCUUGGCCAGAAGAAGCAGCUGUCGCCUGGUGACGCAAAAAGAAAUGCCAGCAUUGCGAGUGCCAGAGUGCAUGUAGAAAGAAGCAUUCAGCGCAUUAAACGCUUCAAGAUCCUGCAGCAGCGGUUCCCACUUGAUCUGCUUGCAUACCUUGACAGCAUUGCCACUACGCUUGCAGGAAUUGUAAAUAUCUCGAAGCCACUGUUUGCAGACGACAAAUAUUUGUUUCCGUGA